AUGGCUGCUUCCAGUGAACCUUUCUAUGUGCGCUACUACUCAGGACACUCCGGGCGGUUUGGUCAUGAAUUCCUAGAAUUCGACUUCCGAACCCUCGGCGAUGGCCGCAGUGCCUCUGCACGUUAUGCGAACAACUCCAAUUAUCGUAACGAUUCCCUGAUCCGCAAAGAGAUGUGCGUCAGCUCCCUCCUUAUCGCCGAGAUCAAGCGUAUCGUCAAAGAGAGCGAGAUAAUGAAGGAGGACGAUACCAAGUGGCCAGAAAAGAACAAGGAUGGCAGGCAGGAGCUAGAGAUUAAACUAGGCAGUGAGCAUAUCUCGUUUGAGACGGCCAAGAUAGGAUCCUUAGUCGAUGUCACAGAAUCAGCCGAUCCGGAAGGCCUGCGCGUCUUCUACUAUCUCGUACAAGAUCUCAAAGCUCUUGUCUUUUCGCUCAUCUCGUUGCAUUUCAAGAUCAAGCCUAUUUAG